GCCCAAACACACGGUCAAUAAACACGUCUCUGAACCCCUCCACCACCCAUCGCAGCUCUGAACGUCUUGACAACAGAAAUUCCACUCCACCUCUCGCGCAUCUCGGCGCCUGUACACUCCCCGCCGGACCCCCGUACCUCGGCCCCGUACCUCGGCCCACGACCACGCCCGCUUGGCAGCCACGCGCCGCGCCGACCACGCGCGACCUCCGACUCCGCAAGGCCCGUCGCAACACACCAACGCUGCAAUUGCCAGGCCACGGGAAAGAGAUGGAGGCGCAGAACGGCACAACGAAUGGCACAAUGAAUGGCGCAGUGAAUGGCGCACAUACAAACGGGAAUGGUACGCCGACGAACGGCGCUCGCGCACAUGCGACGAACGGAUUGUCUACGAACGGAUUGUCCACGAACGGAUUGCCCACAAACGGAUUGUCGACGAACAGCACACGCAAACGCCGGCGGCGGCUCGAUCGCCCCGCGCUGGCGGCGCGGUUAGUGGUCGACGAACGGGGCAGCGGGGAGGUGGGCGUGCUGAGUGAGGAGGGGUUUGGGGAGUUGUUUGGGCGGGGCGCUUGUGAGUUGCGAGACGAGGCGAAUACACGGCGACACAUUGCGAUUGCGCCGUGGGUGCCGGGCGAGGCGGAGGCGAGGUGGACGGUUCUGCCGGUCAGGGUGGGGGGGAAGGCGGAUAAGGGGGCGGCGAAUGCGUCGUCGACUGCAUCGUCGACUGCGUCGUCGACGGCGGAGAAAGGGACUGCCUCGCUGCAAAUCCCCGCGUCGGCGCUCGCGCUGCAGUCGUUCUCGCAGGCGCUGCACAGCCUGGCGCCCAACCGGACGCAGCGCCGCGACGCCCCCGUCGAGGUGCGCAUCCACCACGUCGUGCCGCUGGGGCUGGACACGGUCUACGUCAACCUCGACACCGACGCGCUACGGAAGCUGGACGACGUGCACGCGCGCUUCGGCGGCGGCUUCGUGACCCCCGCGGCCGGCGCCCGCGGCCCCAAGAACCGCAAUCUGGACGUGCAGGGCCGCAAGGCAGCGCCCCGUGCGGAUCUCGCGGCGCAGGAGAAGGCGUGGCGUGCAGCGGUGCGCGAGGCGCUGCAGUCGCCCACGGUGCUGCACACGGGCGACCUGCUGCCGCUGCCGCUGCCGGCCCACCCCAUCACCCACGUCCCGCCGCCGCCGCUCAAGAUCACCGCCUGCGAGCCCGUCGCCCAGGGGCUGCUGCUGCCGAGCACGCGCAUCGUCGUGCUGCAGUCGCACCGCAGCCCCAAGACGGUGGCCCCGCCCGUGCGGCCCGCGCCGGUGGCCAACGUGUUUGACGACAGCGAGGCCGAGGACACGUCCAACGACGCCUUCUACACGGCCGACGAGCGCGGCGACUCGCGCAAUGCGAGCCCGCCCGACGGCGAGUCGGCCGACGACCUGAACUCGGACUUCUCGGGGUCGGACGCCGGCGACCUGUCGGACGAGUCGGACGACAUCAUCUCGCUCAGCGCGCCCAUGCUGCCGCCGCAGUCGUCGGGCGUGCUGUCGGCCUUCACAUCGGCCACGCCGCGCCCGGGCAACUUCCGCACCGGCAUCGCGACGCCCGGGUCCGUCUUCUCCAGCUUCACCGCGACCAGCACCGUGCGCGGCGCGCCGGCGUCGAAGAGCAAGGUCUUCAAGGCACACGGCUUGCUGCACAGCAUCUCGGACGAGCUGGUGCACCCGAAGCCCGGCGCCGACGACGACGAGGAGGCGCGCGUCUUCGUCGAUACCAACACCCUGGUCAAGGUCGGCUGCUUCUCGGGCGACUGGGUGAAGCUCGAGGCAUCCGAGGAGCCGUCGGCGCACUCGCUGUGGGGGCUGGGCGCGUUCGGCGGCGCGCAGGAAGAGGAGAGCUCCAACUGGCGGCCCGUCAGGGUGUACGGGCUGCCCGAGACCAUGUCGAAGAAGGUCGCGCGGUAUCCAGUACACAAGUCGGAGAGCGGCGAGCGGCGCAUGAGCAUAUCGAGCUUCUCGGGCCCGGCAUCAUCCUCGCUCCCCGCCUAUCUCUCCCCCAUCCUGCUGGCCAACCUCGGCAGCCCGUCGCAUCUGCGCAUCACGCCCCUGGUUGCACCGCACGUGCCUGGUCUGCCGCGCACGGCGCUGCAGAAACCCCGCCUGACCAGCUCGUCGGUGCCGUCGUCCGCGCGGGAAGUCACGCUCCUCAAGGUCUCGACGCCGCUGUCCUCCGACCGCCUGCUGCAGCCGAGUCUGUUCGCUGCGCUGAAGGAGCACUUCGAGCAGAAGCGCCGCGUGGUCAAGGCUGGUGAUCUGAUCGGCAUAUCCAUCGACGAGUCGCUCGGGCGGGCCGUCUUCCAGACGUCCACCGAGGACGACGUCGGAAGCGAUGAGCUUUUGUCCACCUCGAGGAAGAGAGACGUCGACAGCGCCAACCCCAAAGUCGUCGCGUGGUUCAAGAUCGGCAACGUCUCAUCCAAAGUCUCGCCCCGCGAGGGCGACGAGCUGGACAUCUGGGGCGGCGCCGUCACCGUCGACGCCGCGAGCACCAAGAUGGAGAUGAACGGCAGCGAGCAGGGCAAGACGCCCGCGCCCAUCGACAACGCGUGGCAGUACUACCUCGGCGCCAAGCGCACCCCCGUCACCGCCGCGCAGAAGAUGAUGGCCAUGGACGAGCUGCCGAAGCCGUUCAUCUCACCGCUGCGCCGCCGCCUGCGCGAGCUCAUGUCCGUGGCGACGAGCCCGCGCGCUAUCCACAUGGGGCUCCCGCCGGUGGCGAUCCUGCUCACGUCGACGCAGCGCGGGAUCGGCAAGGCGGCGAUAUCAACCAAAGCCUGCGAGGACCUGGGCCUGCACACGUUCGCCAUCGAUGCGUUUGACAUUGUCACCGAGGGCGGCGCGGGCGGCGGCGACGUCAAGACCGAGGGCUUCUUGAAGGCGCGGGCGGAGCGCGGGCUGAGCUGUGGUGCAGAGUUCACGGCGCUGCUCAUCAAGCAUGUGGACGCGCUCACGGCGGACCGCAUGAACACGGCGCUGAAGGAGAUCUUGGCUGAUGCUAGAGUACUGAUUGCAACGACGACUGAGAUUGACAAGGUGCCUGAGGGCAUCCGCGGGCUGUUUACCCACGAGCUGGACAUGACAGCGCCAGACGAGGGCGAGCGAGAGGGCAUUCUGCGCAGCAUCAUCGAGGACGCGGGCAUUCGCCUGUCGCCCGACGUCGACCUCGGCAACAUCGCCGUCAAGACCGCCGCGCUGGUGGCAGGCGACCUCGUCGACGUCGUCGACCGCGCCGUCGUCGCAAAGCGGACGCGCAUCGAGGCGCUCGCCGCCACCGCCAGCAAAACCUCCAGCGAGCCCGUCACGCGCCGCGACGUCGAGCUCGCCGGCGGCCCCUUCAGCAGCAGCCUGACCAAAGCCGACCUCGACGCCGCCGUCGACGCCGCGCGCAAGAACUUCGCCGACGCCAUCGGCGCCCCCAAGAUCCCCAAGGUCGGCUGGUCCGACGUCGGCGGCAUGUCGCACAUCAAAGACGCCGUCAUGGAGACCAUCCAGCUGCCCCUCUCCCGCCCAGAGCUGUUCGCAAAGGGCAUGAAGAAGCGCUCCGGCAUCCUCUUCUACGGCCCGCCGGGCACCGGCAAGACGCUGCUCGCCAAAGCCAUCGCCACCGAGUUCUCGCUCAACUUCUUCUCCGUCAAGGGCCCCGAGCUGCUGAACAUGUACAUUGGCGAGUCCGAGGCGAACGUGCGGCGCGUGUUCCAGCGCGCGCGCGACGCGCGGCCCUGCGUCGUGUUUUUCGAUGAGCUGGACUCCGUCGCGCCGAAGCGCGGCAACCAGGGCGACAGCGGCGGCGUCAUGGACCGCAUUGUGUCGCAGCUGCUGGCGGAGCUGGACGGCAUGAGCGACGGCGGCGAGGGCGUGUUCGUCAUCGGCGCGACGAACCGGCCGGAUCUGCUGGACCAGGCGCUGCUGCGGCCGGGCAGGUUCGAUAAGAUGCUGUAUCUGGGCGUGUCGGACACGCACGCGAAGCAGGCGACGAUUCUGGAGGCGUUGAGUAGGAAAUUCACACUCCACCCCUCCCUCUCCCUCACUACCAUCGCCUCCACCCUCCCCUUCACCUACACCGGCGCCGACAUGUACGCGCUCUGCUCCGACGCGAUGCUGAAAGCCAUAACACGGCAAGCGCGCCUCGUCGACGCCAAAGUCCGCGCCCACAAUCUAUCUCACCCGCACCAGCAAAUCAGCGUCGCGUAUUUCUUCGACCACUUCGCCACAGAUGAAGACACCGCGGUCGUGGUCACGGAGCAGGAUUAUCUGGAUGCGAAUAGGGAGCUGGUGCCCAGUGUUAGUCAAGAGGAGUUGCGGCAUUAUCAGAGGGUUAGGGAGAUGUUUGAGGGGAAGGCGGAGGGGGGGCAAGGGGGACAAGGUGGGCAGGGGGCGCCGCCGAGCGCCGAUACGCAUACUCCCGCUCCAAACGGUAACGGAAAGGGGAAGGGGAGAGCUACCGCCCCGUCUGCAGACGAGGACGCCGAGGUCUCUGGUUCUGCGGCUGGUGGGAGUGGCAGCGCGAGUGUCAACACGAGUGGCAGCGGAAGCGCAAGUGGCAGCGGAAGCGCAAGUGGCAGCGGAAGUGGGAGUGGCAGCGCGAGUGGAAGCGGAAACGGAACUGCAAGUGGGAGUGCACACCCCAGCCACGCGAGCAAAAGCAGCAUCGACAUCGCCGAAGGCGGGUUCGGCGACGCGGGGGAUGACGGGGGGUUGUACGAGUAGCGAGUAGCUCUACCCAUGUUAUCGAGAAAUUCUGUGUAAUAUAAGCUGUGGACAACGGUGCUGUGGACGGACACCGGGGCUGUUGCACUGGGGCCGUAGACACCGGGGCUGUGUAGGCUAUGCAUAUCAGCAACGUAGAAACUACAUCAAGAGCAAGAGCAAGAGAAGCCACAGAUCUACG